CGAAGUGAUUAAGGUGUUAAUUGUACUUUCCCACAAGUUUAGCAACUACUGUACAGUGAAAGGUAAUACCUGGUAUCGAUCAAUCUUUGCGUGCAAGUUCGUUGAAUACAUACAUUCCGGUACAUAACUAUGUGUAACGAGACUGAAGUUUUUCAAGCGCGGGAUUCACGCAGGGAAUGAGGCAUUAUUCAGUCGGUCGUUCACCGUGAAUAGUUUCAUAGGCCAGUCUUGAAUUUACUAAAUUUAUUUUUUCUUAUCCGCGUUGGGACAAGAAGUGUCCGGUGUUUGAAAUCAAUUUGUCAUUUGUUGAGUGUUGACGUAGAAUUUUUUUUUGAAUGAAAAAAUUCCUCAGAAGGUCAAAAAGAAAGUGAUUACAAUUUAACAUCAAAGAUUCGUUAAUUUGAAUCGAGUGAUAAGAGUUGGUAAUUGUUGGAGAAUACUGGAGAUAUAAUGCCGGAAUGCCAUGAACCGGUGUCAGAGAGCACCGGCACUAUCGGGAAUUUCCUGACGACUCAGUGCCUUCAGGAUCGAUUUGGGUUUUCCCGAAGAGACGUAGACUCGGUAUUACCCAUUACCUCUAGUAUUCUCAAGUACAGAGAGGCGGAUGUUCAGCCUAUUGAUGCUAUCACGCAAGAGCCGAGGUGGCCUACUGAGUGCAAAGUGAUUCAGGAGAGGAUUCGUCACAUCGAUUACUCUCCACCAAUGCCUGAACCUUACUAUGUGCCAACUGGAAAGGAACCAAAGCCUAAACCGAUUAACGAAGACAUGGGAACUGUGAUUUAUGCUUAUAACCCUAUGAGUGCAACUAAUUAUUUCAGCAGAUCGUGUGCUGGUGGAACCGUAGUCCUGACCUCCUCCGACAUGGACACAACCCUGGAGGAAUGCAACGAUCCAAAUGCAAUUGUAUCGACCAUAACAAGCGACUUGAAAUUUGAGUCACGAUUUGAAUCGGGAAAUCUCGGAAAAGUCAUUAAAAUCACCGAGACCUACUAUCAGCUGCACUUGAGGAAGGACCUGUACACCCAGAGGCACAUGCAGUGGUUCUAUUUUCGGAUAUCCAACACAAAGAGCAAGACAAUAUACCGAUUAUCAAUUGUCAAUUUUUGUAAGGAGGACAGCCUCUACAACGAGGGACUCAGGCCCCUCCUGUACUCCACCAAGGAUGCCAGUCUGCACGCAGUUGGGUGGAGACGUUGUGGUGAUAACAUAACUUAUUACAAAAACGAUUCUUCAGACGAAGAGAAAGAAAAACACACUUUGACAUUCAACAUAACAUUCCCCCACGACCAGGACACUGUUUACCUGGCUCACUGCUACCCCUAUACCUACACAGACCUGCAGGAAUAUUUGACGAGAAUAUCAAGUGACCCAGUGAAAUCGCGUUUCACAAAAUUGCGACUACUCUGUAGAACACUGGCUGGAAAUAGUGUUCAUUACCUAACAAUAACAGCUCCUAAUUACAACGACGAAGGGAGGAAGAAGAAGGGAAUUGUUAUAACAGCUAGGGUACACCCUGGAGAGACACCCUCCAGCUGGAUGAUGAAAGGAAUCAUCGAUUUUCUCACUGGUGAAUCAAAUCAGGCACGAGAGCUGCGGGAGAGAUUCAUAUUCAAAUUAGUUCCCAUGCUGAAUCCAGACGGUGUCAUUGUCGGGAAUAACAGGUGUUCCCUGUCAGGAAAGGACCUGAAUCGACAGUACCGUACGGUUAUGCGAGAGAGUUAUCCGUCUGUAUGGCACACCAAGCUGAUGAUUCGAAGAUUGAUGGAGGAGUGUGGUAUUGCUAUUUACUGUGACCUUCAUGCACACUCGAGGAAACAUAAUAUAUUUAUUUAUGGAUGCGAGAGCAAGAGGGCCGGAUGCUAUGGAAAACUUACUGAACAGAUAUUCCCUCUCAUGCUGCAUAAAAAUGCUGCUGAUAAGUUUUCCUUCGAGAAUUGCAAAUUUCACAUUGAAAAAGGGAAAGAGGGAACAAGCAGAGUUGUCGUGUGGCUGAUGGGUGUGCAGAAUAGCUACACCAUGGAGGCGUCAAUGGGUGGAUCGAAGCUCGGUUCCCGAAGUGGAACCCACUUUUGUGCUCAGGAUUAUGAGCAGAUUGGAAAAGCUUUUUGUGAGACCCUGCUCGACUUCUCUGACGAGGAUCCUACCAAGGAGAGGCUGCGUAACAAAAUAUUGGUUCGCCUCAUGAAAGAGGGCUCGAGUGCUGACGAGCCUACGAACAUUAAUCUCACUGAUUACUCAAGUGAUGAGGGCGAUACGUCGGAUAGUUCGUCAGAGGAGAUAAAAUUAGGUACGAGUGAAGCGACCAUUUUAUUGGAUUCCGAAACCUCAGGGGAUUAUCGAUCUCACUAUCUGUCUGUGCCACCACCAUCACCACAACUACCGAGAUCCAGGAAUUCCAAUAAACCGAGGAAAAUUAGGAAAAAGACGAAGAUGGAGGAGAGCCGGAUCAUGAGGCAAAAAUUAUUAAAUCGUCGGCCUGUGAUGGAUUUACCAGCAACAGAUCCAGGAAGCGACAUGUGCUGUGACUUAACGGAUUCAGCUGAUGAAUAUUACAUUACCGCUCCGCUGGAUAAUCCGAGAAAAAGCGCAAGUUUGCGUAGGAGUUUCAAAGAGAGUAACUCAGCCGUUGAAAAACGUUACGAGAUCAAUAAAAAGGAAUACGAGGCUGAUACUCUUCCAUUAUUGAGGCCACAUACUCUGGCCUUCGUCGAGGAGUCUGUGAGUGAAAAAAUCACUUGCAAAAUUCUUAGGACACGUGGGACUCAGCCAGCUAGAUUUAUGAGGCAUUUAUCUCCUAUACUUCCUAGAAGCCAAGACGUGCAGAUUAAAUUGACGUCGUUAAGGCAACAGAUAUGGACAGGAGUCCCUGAUAUAGAUUGUAAUCAUGAUAAUGAGGAAUAUAACAGGGCUCCACUCAGCUGGGGUGUCUCGCAGUUGGCCCUGAUGUGUCAAAAAAAUAGUGAAGCUUUGCUCAAAUCAUGUUCGAAAAAAUUGGAAUCUCUCAACUCCUCCAGCAAAUUAGAUUUAAAAAAGAAUAAGAAAAGCACAAGAAACUCUGCAAGAGCUCCAAAGACUCAAGUUAGUGAGGAAAAUCCAGAGGAUGAGUCACAAAAAAAUACGAAGAAGAAGCGAAUUCGCUUCAAACGUCAAAAAGCCUGUCAAAAUCCACCUGAGGAUCAGCAAUCAGCUGUUACCGUUGAGUCCGCGGACUCCCUGAGGUUGUUUGGAGUCGGCAAACUGCCGAAACCCCAGCAGAAACCCAAACCGGACCCCAAAAAGAAAUUCCGGAGGAGUGGAAUCGUGGCCACAGCCACAAUCCACGUGUCAAAGAUAAAGAAUAAAACAAUUGUCGAGAAUUUCAGUGAUAGCUCAAGCUCGGAGGACGCCCCGACCACUACCAGCACUCGCCCUCGCACGAAUAAAAAGAAAAAAAAGCUCUCAUUACCGAAAAAACGAGCACUAAGUGCUAAUUUUUUACUCAGUGAUAAAUCUUAAUUAGAAUUGAUCGAAUUUUAUUCAUAUUUAUGGAAUAAAAACGCACUGCCGCUGUUGCUAAUGAUUAAAAAAGCAAAUCACGAAUAAAUUUAUUGAAAUUAAGAAGAUCUGGACUAAUU